AUGGCUGAACAGUUAAAAAGAUCCGUGUCACAUGAGGACUUAGCCGGAGCCAAUAAAAAGUUAAAGCCCACACUCAUUCCCGCGCUUACUGAAGAUGCAGUUGGUAUAUUAAAGUUUAUCAACCCUACGUCGGUUGGGUUUCAAGGUUCGUUGAAAACAUUGCAUUCAGAUUUUCAAGUCAAUGAAAUUGAACCUAAUGGUAACGUGGUUCAUUUGACUGAUCUUGGGAUUGACAUGGGUAAGUCGAAAAAAGAAAAGAAACUCGAACAAAAAGCUAAAGAAGCGCAGGAAUUUGAAGGUAAAUCAGAGGAGGAGAUCUCCAAGAUCAAAGCCGAAAGAGCCAAGAUACAAGAAAGCGAGCCAAAAUACGAAUUAAGUGAGGCAGAUAGAAUGGAGUUACUCGAUUACAUCAAUGCAGAAGAGUUGAAUCAAAUUGAGCAAUUGUUCCACACCGGUAAUCAUAUGGAGACCAAUACCUCCAUUGAUGACAAGGAAAAGAGAGGAAGGCUUCACCAGCUUUUACGUAAGGCUUUUCAAGGUAAAUUGGAAAGCACAACGUCUUCUCAAAACACAUUCAAGAUAGUGAUUGCCAAGAACAGGGGCAAUAAUCGACGUGGUGGAGAUGCAAAUGUGAUGGAUAGCAUGCAUCAUGUUGACGAAAACGGCGUCAUCAAUUAUGGACUUGGACCAUUCAAACCGUAUUUGCAUUUUGCCGUGUUUAAACAAAAUAGGGAUACAAUGGAUGUUGCAAACAAUAUUGCCAAAAUGUUGCGUAUCUCCCCCAAAACUAUCAACUACGCAGGUACAAAAGACCGCCGUGGUGUAACUUGUCAAAAAUUUUGCAUCCAUCGAGGUAAAGUCCUUCGUGUAAGUGCUUUAAACAAGAUGAAGAAUUCAAACUUCAAGUUGGGGUCGUUUACAUAUGAAGAUUACCCUUUAAAGUUGGGGGACUUGUCUGGUAAUGAGUUUACCAUUACGUUGCGUGAUGUAAAACCGGCUGUUGAAGAGAGUACAAGUGCCGAGUUACAUACUAUUGUUGCUCAAUGUUUUGAUAGUUUGGACAAGCAUGGUUUCAUCAACUACUUUGGAAUGCAAAGAUUUGGAUCAUUUUCAGUACCAACGCAUCAACUAGGUGUUGCUUUGCUACAAGAAGAUUGGGGAAAAUGCGUUGACUUGUUAUUAUCUGAACAAGAGGUUUGUGCUCCAGGGACAAUGGAUAUGAGAAAGAUUUGGAAAGAAAAGAGAGACCCAAAAGAAGCAUCAAAGGCAUUGCCUAGACACUUUGUUGCUGAGAAUUGCGUUUUGAAGGUUUUGUCCAAUGAACAACAGGAUUCAGAGAAGAAAUACAAGCCACAUUCAUACUUGAAGAGUCUUUUGGCUAUACCGAAAAACUUGAGAAUGAUGUAUGUUCAUGCUUAUCAAUCAUAUGUGUGGAACUUAGUAGCAUCCAAAAGAAUAGAAUUGUUUGGCCUUGAAGUACAGGAAGGUGACUUGGUUCUUGAUGACCAAUCGACAGAAACCACAAGUGUCGAUGAUGGGUUUGAAGAAGAUGUUGCUGUGUCCAAUACAGUUGCAGUAAAAGCAUUAACCAAGGAGGAUAUCAAUAGUGGUAAGUACUCGAUUUUUGAUGUGGUUUUACCUAGCCCCGGUUUCAAGAUCCAGUAUCCCACAAACGAGAAAUUGAGACAGGUUUACAUCGACACCAUGGCCAAAGACAACCUUGAUCCAUUCAACUUGAUGAGAAAGAAUAAGGAGUUUUCUUUAACCGGUGCUUAUAGAACGUUAUUGUCUAAACCAAAAGAUCUUUCCUACGAGAUUAUUGAAUACAAAGUUGAUGGUAAGCCAUUAGUGAGAACUGACUUGGAGUUACUUGAAAUGAAAAAGAGUGAAGGUGGUACAGCUGAAAGCAAAGAGAUGAAUUUGUCAGAUAGAAUCAUCAAGAGCGAGGACAGUGCUGAUAACACCACCGCCACCACCACUGAGCCUAAAUUUGCAGUCGUUUUGAAGAUGAAACUAGACGUCAGUUCAUAUGCCACUAUGGCUUUGAGAGAAUUUAUGAGGAUUGAUACCUCAAGAUAUGCUCAGAUGAAAUAG